AUGAUAUCGGAUGAGGCAAUGAAGACUUGGAAGUUUCAGAGGGAUCUGAAGAAGGAAAUCCAGCGGCAGACAACAAUCUUACAGUUGCAGGACUUUGCUACUCUGGUAGAUAAAGCCACUGUAAUAGAGGAGAGCCUGCAAGAGGACGCAGAGGUCCAGGUUCCAAAGAAGAGGCCAGCGCCCCUCAGUUCUUACUCUGACAAGAGGCACUUCGAAGAGUGUAGGCGGAGUACAGAGGCUUGUUUUUGGUGUGGUAAUAUGGGACAUCGGAUAAGAGAUUGUCGCAUGCUGAGGGACGAUGGAGCCUCACCACAGCCAUACAACGGAGGGGCAACACAUUCCUUUCUCUUGCGGGGAUUCGUUAAACUGUGUGGAUUAGAGGGUAAACAGUUAGAUUAUAAACUAGUUGUAGCCACGCCAUCAGGUUCUGUAGUUGUAUGUAGUAAAAUAGUUCGUGAUUUUCCAAUAGAAAUUCAUGAGAGGGUACUACCAGUCAGUCUUAUUGUAUUUGACAUGCAUGGCUUCGAUAUCAUCUUAGGGAUGAACUGGUUAUCUGCCAGUUAUGUUAAUAUUGAUUGCCAUAGGAGGGAGGUGGUAUUUAGACCGCCAGGGAAACAAGAGUUCAAGUUCUUAGGGUCGUGUGUGCAUUCAGCACCACAGAUCCUUUCAGGUAGGCAAGUUAGGAGGUUACUCCUGAAGGGAUGCCAAGGGUAUCUGGCGUUGGUGAAAGACACGCCGGAAGAGGAACGUAAACUGAAAGGGAUUCCAGUAGUGUGCGAGUUCCCAAACAUGUUUCUAGAGGACUUUUCGAUAUUACCUCCAGAUUAUGAGGUGGAGUUUGUUAUAGAGUUGGUUCUAGGUACAUCACCAAUAUCAAAACCUCCAUAUUGUAUGGCUCAAGAAGAAUUGAGAGAGUUGAAGGAGUAG